UUGCUGGGUAUCACUGUUAUCACAAAUUAAACCCUUAUCGUUUACCAUGAUUUCUGUGAUAGACAUAGAAGUGCUCUCCUCUGCCUAAUCUAAUACUUCAUAAAAUGGUUCACUAGCAUGAAUGGCGUCUAAAUGGUUUCAGGUUGUUACAUGCAAGAAUUUUUCAUGACGUUGCCUAGGCCGGCCAAAUGGCGGCGCAUUAUGUGGAAAAUGUGUCAUUCGGGAUGGAUGGUUCCAAAAAAUUUUCUGGCGGGUGGAAUAUGCUAUUGGAACCCUGGGGUUUCAUCGCCCAAAUUUUUUGUAAGGAUGUCUGCACGGUACUUUCCAGGAUCUACUUUUCAUGAUACCAAUAGCAUCGAAACCAUCAACAACAAUGAGAAGCAUCCUCGUGAUUUGGAGCAAGCUCCAGUCGAAUUCCACGCUGUAAAGCGUACCAUGGGAAACCCUAGUGUUCUUGGUCUAUGGUCUUUUGGCAUGGUCACCAUCUUAUUGGGUACUUAUAACCUAUUUUUGCCUACCACCAGUAACCACAUCAUCUUCCCAAGUGGCUUUAUGUUUGGCGGUCUGGCUCAAUUUAUCGCUGGCUUUAUGGACUUCUGGUACGGCGGAACCUUUGGAGGAACUGUCUUCGUCUCCUAUGGUGCUUUCUGGACUGGACAAGCCCUCAUGAUGUUGCAACAGUUCUCAUCUACUCUUGAUGCUUAUACCACCAAGGCUGAUGCAGAUAUCGCAACAGGCAUCUAUCAUAUCUUCUGGGCAGCAUAUACUUUCUUCCUUUUCGGAAUCUCUUUGAAGGUCAAAGGCGGUAACUUCCUUUUGAACUGGUGUCUCGCCUUCGUCGGUAUUACCUUACUUUUGGAGGCAUUGCAAGCUUUUACUGGACUUUAUGUCCUUCUUCGUAUUUCUGGUGUCACUGCCUACCUCGCCGCCAUUGGCGCAUACUACAAAGGUUUGGCCGAGCUUAUGGAAGAACAAGACGUCGACAUAUACAUUGGUUACAGACAUUAAAUGUUCCAUUAGAACCAAUUCACUAUUAAUGUACAUACAUAAUCAUAGACACUUU